AUGGAAAAUAUGCUCAUUAAUGAUAAACUUGUUACUAAUAUUGAUUUUACUACAAAUGUUGAUUCUAUUGCAAACAUUUCUACUAAUGAUGAUUUUGAUGAUGCUGGUUUAAACGAUGAUAACAAUGUUGAUUUAGAUGAUGACGAUGAUGACAACGACGAUGACAAUGAAGAUGAUGAUGGUGAUGAGGAUGAUGAUGAUGAUAACAAAGAUAGUGACGAUGAAGAGGGGAAAGAAAUAAUAUUGAUGAUGGUUUUGUUGAGUUCUACACCUCACACUCUUGAAGAUAACCAUUUACCACUUCCUCGUGUAUCCCCUAGUGAUCCUUGUAAUGAAAGAAGUCAUGUUAGUAGUACACCAAGCUCAUAUGCAACAAUUAUUGAUGAAGAUGUUUUUUGUGUUGGUCAAUAUUUUGUGGAUAAGAAAGAGUUGAAGAUGAAAGUACACAUGCUUGCUAUAUGA